CCUGAGUCGAAAACAAGAGGGGCACUAACACGCCCACGACACCGAGCAAAGCGGAUUAGAGUCCCGCAGAGAUGGCCGGGGAGGCUGAGGACGAGAUACCAGAAUCGGGAGCAGUUUUCACUUUUGGAAAGAGUAAAUUUGCUGACAACGUCCCCAGUAAAUUCUGGCUUAAAAAUGACGUCCCGUUCAAAAUAGCUUGUGGGGACGAACACACAGCCUUAAUAACGGAAAAUGGAAAACUCUUCAUCUUUGGCAGCAACAACUGGGGCCAGCUCGGUCUGGGAUCCAAACUGACUGUGAACAAGCCUACGUGUGUCAAAGCUCUGAAGUCUGAGAAAGUCCAGCUUGUGGCCUGUGGAAGGAACCACACUCUCAUCUGCACCGCUCAGGGAAAAGUUUACGCCUCAGGUGGGAACAGUGAGGGUCAGCUGGGGCUCGGGGACUGUGACGAGAGGACGGCGUUUCAGCGAGUUGAUUUCUUCGAUUCACACGGGCCAAUCAAAAUGCUCGCAGCUGGUUCAAACACCUCCGCUGCUCUCACAGAGAGCGGUAAACUGUUCAUGUGGGGCGACAACACGGAGGGUCAGAUCGGUUUGGGGAAGGAGAGUCACGCCUCCUCGCCACAGGAAAUCAGCGUUGGGCGACCGAUCAGCUGGGUGUCCUGUGGAUACUACCACUCCGCCUUAGUGACAGUUGACGGAGCUCUGUACACGUUUGGUGAGCGUGACAGUGGCAAACUGGGUCUGGGCACUGACCAGCUGCCCAGACACCGAGUCCCUCAGCUGGUGAAGAGCAUCAAGGAGCCGGUGACACAGGUGGCCUGUGGGGGCGGACACACUGUGGCGCUUACAGAGGACAACGUGUACACGUUCGGCCUCGGUCAGUUCGGGCAGCUUGGUCACGGGACGUUUAGUUUCGAGUCUCGGCUGCCACGUCCGGUCGAACACUUCAAGAAGGGACGGGUCUGUCAGGUGGCCUGCGGAGAGAAUCACACUGCCGUCAUCACUGAUGGGGGUUUGCUCUACACAUUUGGAGAUGGCAGACAUGGUAAACUGGGCCUGGGAGAAGAAAACUUUACCAACCAGUUCAAACCAACUCUGUGUCCACGCUUCCUCAAGUAUAAUGUUCAGGCAGCUCCGUGCGGCGGCUGUCAUAUGGUGGUGUUGGCUCGUCCCAGGGGCCCGAGCUGUGGUGAUGUGACUCUGGAGGAGGACGACGUGACAGAGGAUUACCUGGAGAAGCCGUAUGUGGAGCUCCUGGGGGACACAGCCGACUCCGCCACCCUGCAAAGGAGCCUCUCCGCCCGGGUUCGCAGGAGGGAGAGGGAGCGAUCUCCAGAUCACUUUGGCGCCAUGUUCCGCACUCUGCCCGCCAUGACGCACGGCUACCUCCACCCGCCGCUGCCCGUCUCCAGCCAGACUAUCCCGCCCAGACUGCCUCCACCUGAGCUGACCCACAGAAGGCUGCUCAACGGCACUCGCCAGCACGGUAGCGCAGGGUCAAUCCACCAGGCGCAGGCAGGGGCCGAGACAGAUAGCGUUGUGGAGAGCCUGACCGACACGGACAGCGUGAAAGGCCUGGGAGAAACCACAGACUUCCUCAACAUGACACAUGUGAUGAAGUUGGACCCCAGUGAUAAAACACUCACUCUGUCUCCAGUUCAGAAGAGGAAGGGUAAGCAUGGUAAGACCAAUAUAGGACAGAGAGAGAUUGAAACAAAGGAGAGAAAGCUCUUGAAGCAGAGCGGUUUCACUUUGACUUCCCCAUCUGGUAAGAGCAAGACUGUCUCUCCUCGCCAGGCGUUACCCACCGAGCUCCUGAGGAGCCACAGCGCUCGCUCUCUGGCCUCUCGGAGUCCACAGAGACAGAAGACAACAAACCAGAACAAAGAGAAUGUGAUUAUGGCCAUUCGGGAGCUAGAGAGGAAAACCAGUAAAAAGAAACCUCAGGGUGUAGGGGACAUCAGGAAGGCAGCAUCUAAGCAGCGUCCCAGGCCGAUUCAGAGUAAAAGCCAGCUGAUAGAGGUUGGCAGGAAGCAGGCAACAAGCUCCAAACACAGUCCUGAUACAAAAAAGACAGCUUCAGGUGUUGGCCCUGAAUCCGCAGUGGCAAAAGUUAAGCAAGUGCAGGCUAAACCUGUGAAAAGCAAACCGAUAGUCGUGCAAAGUCAAUAUGCAGGAGUUAGCCCGCCAGGUAAAGCCAAUCACAUGGACUCCCCUGGCUUUCACAAGAGGGACACGUUGGAUGAGGAAAACGCACGCAGAUCUCAAUUGGUUUCCGAGGUGAAAAGAAGCUCCAAAUCUAAAGAGGGCGCAGAUUUUUCCAAAAAAUCUAAGAAUGAGAAAAACAAAAAAGAAGCUCAGUCAAAAGAAAUUCAGAAAGAGGUGUCAGAUCUCGGCCUGCACGCUGGGGCCGUCUCACUUGCAGCUGGCACGGUAUUAGCGCAUCAAGUGGCGUCCAGAAGCCGUUUUAGCACGCAGUCGUCAUCCCCAUCUGAGAGCAGCCGUGGUGUCCUGAAAGACAGCGUGAGGAAAUCAAGAAGCCACGAAUCUGAAUCCUACGCUGCUGAUUAUAGCAACAAAUCAGCGGUCAGCGUCAACCUGACACCUGCGUCUGAGAGUUCUGAAGUGAAGACGAGUCAGGAUGAAAGUGAGCAGGAAAGUAAGGAGGAGACAAACUCUGGAACAGUCAAACAGGAGGAAGAUGAACACGAGAAGUGGCAGAAAACGAGUGCAGACGUAAGCGAGGAGGAGGAGGAAGAGGAGAGCCAGAGUAUCGAGAAAGUCACAGAAGAGAGCGACACUUUUCAGCCGGUAGAUAAGUCGGAAAGUGACAUAGACGAGGAGGGAAGCAGGGAUGAGGAGGAAGGCGAGAGCGGUGUAGAAGAAGAGGAGGAGGGAGAGGAAGCAAGCAGGACAACAGGAAGUAAAAGUGAAGACGAGACUGAAGGGCAAGAGAGCAAAGGAGAUGAUGUAGAGGAGGAGGAGGAGGAGGAACGCGAGGAAGGGUCAAGUCAUGAAACAGAAAGCAAAGGAGGAGAGACUGAAAACGAGGAGGAGGAAGGUGAGGAAGAAGAGGGGGGUUUGGAAAGUGAGGGUGAGGAAGAGGAGGGAGAAAGUGAGUCUUUGAAGUCUUCAGAGGAGAGAGACGAGAGUGAUGCAGAGAGCGAGAGUGAGGAAGAGGAGAAAAGGGAAAGUAGUGCUGAGGAGGAAGAGGAGGAGAGUAAUAGGGAAGAAGAGAGUGAAAAUGAAGAAGAGGAUGAGGAAGGAAAAGAGGAAGAGGAGGAGAGUGAUGAUGAAGAGCAGGAGGAGGAGGACGAGGAAGCAGCAGAAGAAGAAGAAGAAGAGAGUGCUGAGGAAGAGGCAGAAGAGGAAAAAGAGAGUGAAGAGGAGGAGGAGGAGGAAGAAGAAGCAGAUGAAGAGGAGGAAGAGGGUGCUGAGGAAGAGGAGGAAGAGGAAAAAGAGAGUGAAGAAGAGGAGGAGGAGGAGGAAGAAGAAGCAGAUGAAAAGGAGGAGGAGGAGGAGGAAGAAGAAGCAGAUGAAAAGGAGGAAGAGGCAGAAGAGGAAAAAGAGAGUGAAGAAGAGGAGGAGAUGGAGAAUGAACAGAAAAGCGAGGAAGAGGCUGAGGAGGAGGAAGGUGAAGAAGAAGAAGAAGAAGAGGAGGAGGAAGAGGAAGAGGUCAAAAAAGUCAAAAGACAAAGUGCUAAAUCUAGAAGUAAGCCGAGGUCAGGGGUCAAAGGUCAGGCGGCAGGAGAGUUUUGGGGCGAUGUUUUACCCCAGUACCUCAACCUGAAAUAACACUGAUCUUUGAAAUUAG